AUGCCGCAAGACCUCAAGAAGCUCAUGCCCCAGGCAAAGUCGUACCGGUCCGGCCCCUACACGUGCGAGGUCCCCAGUGUCGACAAGGCCGAUGGCGAGACGGUGCCGCGCCGCAACAACGCGGCCAAGGACGGCCUCAUCAUGAAGCCCCACGACGAUGUCACGACCCUGUAUGACAUCCUGCGCCACUCGGCCGCCAAGUUUGGCAAUGCAAAGGCCGUCGGCGCGCGCCGCAUUGUCAACGUGCACGAGGAGACCAAGAAGAUCAAGAAGAUGGUCGACGGCAAGGAGCAGGAGGUCGACAAGAAGUGGCAGUACUUUGAGCUCAGCCCGUACAAGUACACGAGCUUUGUUGAGUUUGAGAAGAUGGCCCUUGCCGUCGGCGCAGGGCUCAAGUCGCUGGGCUUCGAGCCACAGGACCGCAUGCACCUGUUUGCCGCCACCAGCAUGCAAUGGCUCGCCUCGGCCCAUGGCGCCAUUUCGCAGUCCAUGGCCAUCGUCACGGCCUACGACACACUCGGAGAGGAGGGCCUCAAGCACUCGAUGCUGCAGACCAAUGCAAAGGUCAUGUUCACAGACCCGGAGCUGCUCCCCAAGCUCAUCAACCCCAUGAAGGAGGCCAAGGACGUCAAGGUGGUCAUAUACUGCACAAAGAACGACCCCAAGCAAAAGGACAUUGAUGCCCUCACCCAGGCGCAUCCCCACCUCAAGGUCAUCAGCUUCGACGACCUGGUCAAGCUGGGCGAGGAGAACCCAGCAGAGCCCAUCCCACCCCAGGCCGACGAUCUGGCCUGCAUCAUGUACACGUCUGGAUCGACUGGCACCCCCAAGGGCGUCAUGAUCAAGCACCGCAACGUGGUGGCUGCUAUUGCUGGUGUUAACAUCAUAGUCGGAAAGUACCUUGGACCCGGUGACGUCCUCAUUGCCUAUCUUCCCGCCGCCCACAUCCUCGAGUUCGUCUUCGAAAAUGCCGUGCUUUACUGGGGAGGCACCCUUGGUUACGGAACCAUCCGCACCCUCUCAGACACAUCGGUGCGCAACUGCGCGGGCGAUAUCCGUGAGCUGAAGCCCACGGUCAUGGUUGGUGUCCCCCAGGUAUGGGAAACCAUCAAGAAGGGCAUCAUCAACAAGGUCGAGGCGGGAGGCGCUCUCAAGAGCAAGAUGUUCUGGGGCGCAUUUGCUGCCAAGAGUUUCCUCCUCGGCACUGGCCUGCCGGGCAGCGGCAUCCUGGACGCAAUUGUCUUCAAUAAGGUCAAGGAGGCUACGGGCGGCAGGCUCCGAAUCUGCAUGAACGGUGGUGGACCCAUUGCGAAGGAGACGCAGCGUUUCAUCUCCAUCGCCAUCACGCCCAUGAUCAGCGGUUACGGUCUCACAGAGACAUGCGCCAUGGGUGCGCUCAUGGAUCCCCUGGCCUGGAACGAGCAUGCUCUUGGUGAGAUGCCCGGAUCCAUCGAGAUGAAGCUCGUGGAUUUCGCCGAUGCAGGAUACUUUGCCACCAACAAGCCUCCUCAGGGUGAAAUCUGGAUCCGCGGUGGCGGUGUCACAGACGGCUACCUGGACAUGCCCGAAGAGACCAAGGAGAACUUUACCGAAGACGGCUGGUUCAAGACUGGUGACAUUGGCGAGUUCAACGCCAACGGAGAGAUCCGCAUCAUCGACCGCAAGAAGAACCUUGUCAAGACACUGGCUGGAGAGUACAUUGCCCUGGAGAAGCUCGAGUCAGUGUACCGCUCUGCGCCCAUUGUCGCAAACAUUUGCGUGUACGCUGCCGAGGACCGCCAAAAGCCCAUUGCCAUUAUUGUCCCUACUGAGCCGCAGCUUAAGAAGAUUGCUGCCCAGGUUGGUGUCAGCGGAGAGCACCUCGAGGAACUUGUCCAUGACAAGAAGAUCAACUCUGCUGUGCUCAAGCAGCUGCAAGAGGCUGGCCAGAAGGGUGGACUCGCUGGCUUUGAGAUGAUUGAGGGUGUUGUUCUGGCUGACGAGGAGUGGACACCGCAGAACGGCCUCACCACUGCUGCCCAGAAGCUUAACCGCAAGGGUAUCUUGCAGCACUACGAGAAGGAGGUGAACCAGGCUUACGGCAAGUCGUAG